AUGAGUUUUACUGUUCCAGGUAACACAUUGGGAGUCACUCCCCCAGAUAUACCUCACUGUGUUGAGCUAGAGCAUCUUAUUUCAGUGGAUAAAUACUUAGUAGAUUUCGAAAAGGCAGUUGACUUUGAGCGAGCAAUUUACCCUCUCAGACAUGAUUCUAGUACCCAGGGAGUCGAUUUUGAAAAUCAACACCAAAAAAUCAAAUCCUUUAGAGAUGAGCUUAUAUUUGAGUUUCGUUUGCUGAGAUCGCCUCUAUUGAUUGGCCAUGCUAGACGUAUUCAAGAAAUGAAUGACACAAUUGGAAAAUUAAGCGAGUCCAUUGACAGCAUCCAACAAAGGAUGAAUUAUUGUUGUCAAAAUGGUCCUGCUUCUUCGAGAGACCUUACUUGA